CAACUUUAUUUUAUAUGUGGCCUAUGCAACAUGGUCCAUUUUUUCUUUUUCUUUUUAUAAUGACAAAAUCACUCAUGGACAACUUGAUUUAUAUUGAUGACUAUAUUGAUGUUGUGGAAGCACUUCAAAUGGACCUUCAAAAGAACUUUACUUUGCUUAAAGAAAUGGAUGGCUAUGCACAAGAUGCCACUUGUUCAGCAGCCAAGGCAGCUAUUUCAUUGAUUGAUACUAUUGAAACACUUGAUCCUAAUGAGAGAUUGAACCAACUUCAACAUCUAGUUGAACUAUUAGGAGAAACUGUCCAGAGAAGUAGUGAAAAGGCUGCAUUAGCCAAAGUCACGUUGGAUGCCGUGGACCGUCAUUGCAAUCGAUUGGAUGCAGAUUUGGUCAAGUUUGAAGAAAGUCAUCCGAUAGGCGCUAUUCGUAUUGCUUCUUUACCUGGCCUGACACCUUCUUCAAGAAGUUUACGCGACUAUUCUAGAACUUCUUUCAAAGACAAGAUGGCCAAAAAAAUGAAUGAGAAGCAAUCUGUCAAAAAACGACGUAUGGAUGAUAAAGACAUGGCUCGAUCCUUAAAAGAAACAACCAGAAAGACAAAACUCAAGACAUUACCUUCAAGGAAGAACAAUGGCAAAUUAAAAACAUCGGAUACAGACAUGUCUGUAGAUCCAAAUGAACCUGUUUAUUGUUAUUGUCAAAGUGUUUCUUAUGGAGAAAUGGUGGCUUGUGAUAAUGCUGAUUGUGAUAUUGAAUGGUUCCAUAUUGGUUGUGUUGAUCUAAAAGCAGCACCCAAGGGUAAAUGGUUUUGUGAUAACUGUAAUAAAUACAAAACCAAGCAUAGAAGAUAA